CUCAGUCUAGUCGUAACAACAUUUUCGCGCAUUAUUUCGCUUCGUCACUUCGCUUCACUCCACCACCUAAUCCUCCCAAGCCAACCACGCCGAUCGUCGUGCCUCGGAUCGGAUAAGCUUCGGGAGUCCUGCUUUCUCGAUCGAUCGGAUCCGGCGGGCGGCCGGUUCGCAGGGGUGCAGCCGAGAGAUGGGUUCGGCCGAGGACGCGAGGUGCGUGUACAAGGACCCCAACGCCGCCAUCGAGGAUCGAGUCAACGACUUGCUCUCCCGGAUGACGCUGCAGGAGAAGGUCGGCCAGAUGACCCAAAUCGAGAGGCGCGUCGCCACUCCCUCCGUGCUCUCCGGCCUCUCCAUCGGGAGUAUACUCAGUGCUGGAGGCAGUGGGCCAUUUGGGGUAAUAGGCAGUGAGUCAUCUAAGCAAGCAUUGUCGUCGGAUUGGGCCGACAUGGUGGAUGGAUUCCAAAAGGCGGCGCUGGAGUCCCGCCUGGGAAUACCGCUUAUUUACGGGAUUGAUGCAGUUCAUGGCAACAAUAGUAUAUACGGCGCCACGAUAUUCCCUCACAACAUUGGCCUUGGAGCCACUAGAGAUGCGGAGCUAGUUCGGAGGAUUGGGGUCGCAACUGCACUUGAAGUCAGAGCAAGUGGCAUUCCUUAUACUUUUGCUCCAUGUGUGGCUGUGCUGAAAGAUCCCAGAUGGGGAAGAUCUUAUGAGAGCUACAGUGAAGACACUGAUAUAGUUAGAAAGAUGACUCCAAUAGUAGCAGGUUUGCAGGGCCAGCCACCCCAAGGGCACCCAAAGGGCUAUCCUUUCGUAGCUGGAAGAAACAAUGUUAUUGCUUGUGCCAAGCAUUUUGUUGGAGAUGGAGGAACUGAAAGUGGUGUAAAUGAGGGGAACACCGUAACGUCUUAUGAAGAUCUAGAAAGGAUACAUAUGGCUCCCUAUUUGGAUUGUAUCUCCCAAGGUGUUUGCACAGUCAUGGCAUCCUACUCUAGCUGGAAUGGGCGCAGGCUGCAUUCUGACUAUUUUCUCCUGACAGAGGUCUUGAAAGAUAAGUUAGGUUUUAAGGGCUUUGUCAUUUCAGACUGGGAAGGACUUGACCGACUCAGUCAACCUCAUGGCUCAAACUACCGUCAGAGUAUUUCUCUGGCAGUUAAUGCUGGGAUUGACAUGAUUAUGGUGCCUUUUAGACAUGAACAAUUUGCAGAGGAUUUGACAGCCUUGGCUGAAUCAGGGGAAGUACCAAUGUCCAGAAUAGAUGAUGCCGUUCAACGGAUACUGAGAGUCAAGUUUGUAUCUGGUCUAUUUGAGCAUCCUUUUUCUGAUAGAUCAUUGCUUCAGAUUGUUGGUUGCAAGUCGCAUAGAGAAUUAGCACGUGAAGCAGUUCGAAAGUCGUUGGUAUUGUUGAAGAAUGGGAAGGAUCCAAUGAAACCAUUUCUCCCAUUAGAUAAAAAUGCAAAGAAAAUUCUAGUUGCAGGAAGUCAUGCUGAUGAUCUAGGUUAUCAAUGUGGAGGGUGGACUGCCACUUGGCAUGGAAGCAGUGGCAGGAUCACAAUCGGUACGACUAUCUUAGAUGCAAUCAAGGAAGCAGUUGGAGGCAACACAGAAGUGAUUUACGAGCAAAAUCCAUCUCCUUCCACAUUAGCGAGUCAUGAUUACACAUUUGCUAUUGUUGCUGUUGGUGAAGGUCCUUAUGCAGAAACUCUCGGUGAUAACCCCGAACUUGCAAUCCCAUUCAACGGAACGGACGUGAUAAAGUCAGUCGCCGAGAGAAUACCUACACUCGUACUUGUCGUCUCUGGAAGACCCUUGGUCAUAGAACCACAUGUUCUGGAGAAGAUAGAUGCUCUUGUUGCUGCUUGGUUACCUGGAAGCGAAGGAACAGGCAUCACAGAUGUGGUCUUCGGCGACUAUGAUUUCGAAGGUCAAUUACCCAUCUCGUGGUUUAGAACGGUUGAACAAGUGCCUAUGGACCAUAAAGCUAAUUCCUAUGAUCCCUUGUUCCCCCUGGGUUUCGGAUUGAAAUGCAAGAAAGAAGCCCGAUGACGAGGCAAUUCAAUGAGUGAUGAAGUUAAUGACCAACAGAGAAGUAGCUGGUCCGGUCGAAAAAUGCCUUCUGAACUAGAUAUUAGUGUGCGUUUGCAAGAAUAAUCGCUUCAGAUCCAAUGUCCCCUAAAUUCCUGUUGAAAUUCUAGAAGCUCUGAACUAGAUAUUAGAGCGCAUUUGCAUGAAUAAUCGCUUCAGGUCCAAUGUCCCCUAAAUUCCUGUUGAAAUUCUAGAAGCGUCAGAGUGGAAAAGGGAAUCGUAUAAUUUGUAUGCUACUUUUCCAGAACUGCGGUUUCUCACUGUUGAGUGAUUGUAAUAUUGCCAUAUUGGCAUGGAUAAUGAUAAGCAGUUAAGGCAGUAUGGUUGCGAUAGAAUCCA